UAGUCUGAGAAAGAACAGUUCACCUUUUUGAUAUGUGGAAGUAGUGUUGAGGGAAAAUGGGGCAAAAACCAUCUCAACAGUUGGCUCUAAAGGACAGCGAAGAGCUUCUCGGCACCUGUGAGGCAGUCAGUAGAGCUAUGGUCCGUGCAGCUCAGAAACUGGAGUUUCUUGGAUUUAAAGACACGCCGAGCAAUCCAUGCCCAGCUCCAAACACUCUCAAUGAGAUCUUCUUAAUUCACUUUGUCACUUUCUGCCAAGAAAAAGGAGUUGACAGGUGGCUCACUACCCCCAAGAUGACCAAGCACCAAGCCUUACUGUUUGGGGCGGACUGGAUUUGGACCUUCUAGGGAUCUGAUAAGCAAACAAGGCUUCAGCUGGCAGUACAGACUCUACAGAUGUCUUCUCUUCCUCCUGUGGAAUCUGAGCCUUUUGACCUCUCCAGUCCGGAAUCCAGGGCAGAGGAGUCUUCCAGCAAGAGAAGUAGAUUUGAUAAGUUGGAAGAAUUCUGUAACUUGAUAGGAGAGGAUUGUCUGGGCCUGUUUAUCAUCUUUGGUGUGCCAGGAAAGCCUAAAGACAUCAGAGGAGUUGUCCUGGACAGUGUCAAAGGUGAGGCAGUGAGGGGCCAUCUGCCAGGAGGGAUGGCCGUGGCACUUUUCGUCCUGGAAACUGAAGAUUGUGUCUCCAUCAGGGAGCUGCUUGGAAACUGUCUGAGUAAGAAAGACGGGCUGAGGGAGGUGGGCGUGGUUUAUAUUAGCAUCCUCUGA